UCGAUUCAAUGACGGUUGUAGAAGCGAACUGAUAGAAGAAAAACAGCUUACAUCAAAAUGAUUACACAAAAAUUAUUUUUCAAUUAACGGAUAUGAGUUCAUAUUUACAUAUUAUGGAUAUAGUUUUAACAAAUUCUGCAGAAAUGCUAUCAAGAAAUGUUUUAAUGACGGGUAGAUGAACCAAGAUGGGCAAACGGAAAAAGUGAUUUUUAAUAAUAUUUCUUCGAAACCUUUUUUUACUAGGAUAUUUUUUUUCUGUGAAUAUUGUUACAAUAAUAACCACAAAGAUGACUAUGAAUACUAUGGACGCUGACAACAGGGUCAUUAUAAAUGUAGGUGGUAUACGCCACGAAACCUACAAAGCAACGUUAAAGAAAAUCCCUGCAACUCGGUUAUCUAGAUUAACCGAGGCGUUGGCGAACUAUGACCCUGUGUUAAACGAAUAUUUCUUCGAUCGGCACCCAGGCGUGUUUGCUCAAAUAUUGAAUUAUUACCGAUCAGGAAAACUUCAUUACCCAACGGACGUUUGUGGGCCUCUUUUUGAAGAGGAAUUAGAAUUCUGGGGUCUAGAUUCCAAUCAGGUAGAACCAUGCUGUUGGAUGACGUACACUACACAUCGAGACACGGCGGAGGUUUUAGCGACAUUAGAUCGGCUAGAUCUAGAUACGGACAAACCAACAGAAGACGAUAUUAUGAAAAAAUUCGGCUGGGGAGAUGAAUACCAAUCGGGAGAUUUAAACUGCUGGCAAAGAAUACAACCGAAAAUUUGGGCACUGUUUGAUGAACCUUAUUCCUCUACGCCUGCAAAGGAAAAUAUUACAUCUAGAUAUGAUCUUCAGCGGCUUAGGGAAAUUGUUCAAGACAGAGAUAGAGGGGAGAUAAAUCUAAAUUGUGCAAGGCAGAGAGAGAAGGGAGAUAAUCUAAAUUGUUCAAGGCAGAGAGAGAAAGGAGAUAAUAUAGAUUGUGCAAGGCAGAGAGAGAAGGGAGAUAAUCUAGAUUGUUCAAGGCAGAGAGAGAAUGGAGAUAGAUUGUUAAAGGCAGAGAGAAAAGGGAGAUCAUCUAGAUUGUUAAAGACAGAGAGAGAAAGGAGAUAG